CUUCAGUCCGCAGGCUGAUGCUCUACCCACUGAGCCACACCGGCGAGCGCCUGGUGGAAUCCUUUUUAAUCCCCGUUUUAUAUCUAUGGAAACUGAGGUCAACGAGGAAAAACAAAUCGGUGAGCGUCUCCCCAGGGGCCAGGUUUGAAUGACGCUGGAGCCCAGGUUCCAUCCUCUUCUCCAUGAAGGCCGCAGGGAGCUUAACAUAACUGUCCCAGAAUUCUCCUCGCCCAGCGGGGCAUUCGGAGUGCCCGGGGGCCGAGGGUUGCCUGCGUUGCCUUCCAGGAGUCUUGGGGCCUUUGGCCUAUUUCUCAGGAAGUGACCCGUCCAUGAGCGGACAGAAGUCCAUCGUUUGCACGGUGUCUUCACUGCGCAUGCUCUACGCCUGGGACGUGCAGGAGGGCUCUCUGAUCUGGUCCAGCCCCGCCCAGCAGGCCAACAUCAAGUACCUGGCCACCCUGCCCCAGCGGUCGCUGGCGUUCACUGUGGACAAGGAGGAGACCGUCAAGGUGUGGAACUGCCGGGACGCGGAGCCCCUGGCCGCGCGCAGCAUGCCCAGGUGCUGCUUCUCCUUGGAGGCCUUCCUCGCGGACGACGGCCCCGUCCUCAUGGUGAGCGAGCUGCGCCCACGGCCUGGGCAGGUGUUGGGCCCCCUGACGCCCCCGUCACCUCCCAACCUGCCUUCUUCUCUUUCUUUUUUUUUUUGAGAUUAAACCCU